UCCCAGGGGUUGUACCAUUUUAAAUUCUCGCUUAACAGUGUGCAAGCAUUCCAGCUGCUCCACAUUCAUACCAAUACUUGUUAUUUUCUGGGUUAUAUCCAUCUUAAUGGGUUUGAGAUAAGAUUCCAAUCAUGGCUUUGAUUUGCUUUUCACUAAUAACUAGUGAUGUUGAAUAUCUUUCAUGUUCCUGUUAGCCAUUUGUUUAUCUUCUUUAGAGAAAGUUAAACCCUUUUGCCCAGUUUUUAACUGGGUUGUUUGUUUUCCUGUUGUUGACUUGUAGAAGUUAUAUUUUUUGGAUAUUAACUUCUUGUCAGAUUUAUGAUAUGCAAAUAUUUACCAAUAUGUUAUUUUUUUUUAAAGGUUAAAAGCUCAUACCAUGAAACCUGCCUCUUAGAUCCAAAUCCCAGUUGUGCCACUUACAGAUCUACGGGUAGAGGAAGGGUGAACAAUAAAAAAAUCUGGGGUCUGCCAACAAGGAGAAAGGGCAAUGACAGUUAAGUAGGCAAACAGCAGAGUCCCUUACACAGCACUAGAUGUCAAAGGCAGCUGGGUAUAUAUGUGGCUUAUGUCAUUUUUCAAACUGAGAAGCAUAAAUGUCAAGUCAUAAUAUAAGAUAAUGUUUCACUGAGUCUCAUUAUGCCAGGUCCUUUAUAUGCAUAAUCUCAUUUCAUUUAUUCAUUCAACAAGUAUUUAAGGAGCCGCUUCUGGUGGCAGGGUCUGGGGAAGGGGCAGCAGGAGCCAUGUCGGGCUGCAAAGGUGGCAAGAAGAAGCCCCUGAAGCAGCCCAAGAAGCAAGCCAAGGAGAUGGAUGAAGAUAAGGCAUUCAAGCAGAAGCAGGAGGAGGAGCAGAAGAAACUCGAGGAGCUAAAAGCAAAGGCCGCGGGGAAAGGCCUCCUGGCCACCAGUGGAAUUAAGAAAUCUGGCAAAAAGUAAGCUGUUCCUUGUGCCUGAGGCAAUGAUGACCCUUAGCUCCAUUCCUGUUUAAACACCUGGAUUCCCUGCCGUAAUAUCCGUUGCUGCCUAUUGCUAGAAUGAAGUGUUGUCUUGGAACCUAUUGUGCAUUUAAGAAUAAACUUUUGUAAACAAACAAACAAACAAACAAGUAUUUAAGGAAAGCCUAAUAUGAACCUGUGACUGAUGAGCUAAAAACAAAAUAAAGUAAGAAAUCAGACAUUGUGCCUG